AUGGAGAACUUACCUCUGCAUGUCUUCGAAAAGAUUUUAUUAAAAUUGGAUCCCAAAUCCCUAGCUAUGAUGAAAUGCACGAGAAGAUCUAUCAACUCGCAUAUAUCUGAAGAUCCGUAUUUCAAAUCCAAUUACUUGUCUCUGGUCGGAUUCGGUUUGCUACACAACUCCUACUAUGGAUCCAAAUCUCUCUUCUGCAACCCUUUCGGCGAUUCUAUGCCAUUCAGAUACACAUAUUCCUUAGAUAUCAAGACUAGGUUUCUCUGCUCUUGCUCUGGCCUUCUCUUACUCUUCAUGGAUUAUCUCUGCGUCGCGAAUCCGCUCACUAAGAGCCCAAGUGUUCCCCUGGCUGAUAAGAAACCGGUUUACUUUGACGGAUGUAUUCACUGGUUGAGAAAGGACGGGAGCAUUUUAGCAUUUAAUCCAGAAACAGAGCAAGCACGGCUGAUUCCAAUCAAGUUUCCCCUAGAACUAAGCGCGGUGGCGAACAAGUUCUUGUUCGAGGCCACAGAGAAGGAACUAGCAUUGAUAUCAGCGACGGAGGAAUCGAUUAACGUUUAUUCCCUCGAGGAUAUUCUUAUCGAUCCUAAGUGGGUCUUAGUGAAGGAAAUCCAGAACGGAGUGUUGCACAAAAAGACAAUGAGGUGCUGGAACGUUGCGGCAUACAACGGUAAGUGUUUGGUGUUGUGGCAAAUGAACAAGGUAGCUUGCGACGGAGAUGUUUUUGGGUACGACUUGAGAGCUAACAAGUGGGAAGUCAUAGGUUGGAUUCCAGAGUGGUGCGAUGGUUAUCAAGUCUUUUACCUCUUUAAACCGUCUUUCUCCUCUGCGAUAGAACUGAAACAAAAGGUCGACGUUGAGACGAUGAAUAUGGUGCAUGGUGAUGAUUGUAAAUAUAUCUCCACUCUAAGGAAACUUAUGAGCCUGAUUGAGGAAAUCUCACCUUAUGCUAAGAGACUGUUCAAGAAAAAAGGAAAAAGAUUGAUGACUGAAGAAGAAACGAAACUGAAGAUGACCGUGGAUGAGCCUAGUUCUUCCAAGUGCCUAGACGUGAUGCGUUUUAGCAAGAAGAGAAGGUUCUUAGGCAUGGAGAAAAUCAACAAAAGAAAAAGAACCGUUAGGUCUGCGGGUAGAUCUGGUGUAGUAGAGGGCUUUCUGCUCUACGUCGUUACGGCUCAGUAUUGUCGGAACACUGGUGAAAAGCUUCCAAUCUCUAUGGUUUUCUAUGGUUCGGUCUUUGAUAACAUGCAUCUUCUUCCUUGA